AUAGAAAACGCGGCAUUUCGUGACGUUCAUUGCACUGUUUGUCCCUCGGUCCUCUCCGUUCCCUAAUGUAGGUGGACUGUUUUCAAAAUGGCUGCGUCCACGAAUGACAGUAAAGGAGCGUCUCUCUCCAAAUCCGAGUAUCUGAAACGUUAUUUAUCUGCAGAUGGAGACGCCAAGAAGUCAAGGGAGAAGAAGGCUAAAAAGAAAUGCAUUAAAGCUACAGGAAAAGGGAUGAAGAUAGUAGAUGACGAUGUGGAUUGGAAACAGCUGGCCGGCGAGGAGAAGGGGAACGAAGAGGAGGAGGAAGAGGAGGAGGCGCCAGUGGUUGCUGAGGUGAUAGACGAGCGUCCAGAUGAGAUCAAACGCCUGGAAGCCUUCAGGACCAGCAACAAAUGGAGAGUGAUGGGAGCUGAUGAAGAGGUCCCAGAGGAGGAGGAACAGAGAGUUCGACACGAUUCGCCAGAGCCCCUGUCACUCAGAAAGCAGCGUCAUGAUUCGCCAGAGCGCCUGUCACUCAGAAUGCAGCGUCAUGAUUCGCCAGAGCCCCUGUCACUCAGAAAGCAGCGUCAUGAUUCGCCGGACGUCUCUCCGCAUAGGAGGAUUGGACAUGAAUCCCCCGAUGCGUCUCUUCGUAGACUGAAGCCUAGCGUUCCUCCAUCAUCAUCCCAACCCCCCCACAGGACACACAGCAGAGAUUCAUCUCCGUCCAGGAAAAAAGCAAAGUCUUCGUCGUCUGCUCGUGUUGGCCAGCGCUCUUCGGGGUCUGAACAAUCCCCACCCAGGAGGCGGGCUCAGAACGGGCCCGGCUCAGACUCAGACCAAUCACCUCCAAGGAAAAGGACACAGAUGGGAGGGGCCUCUGAUUCUGACCAAUCACCGCCCAGGAGAAGGCGAAAGGGUGGGCAGAACUGUGAUUCUGACCAAUCGCCCCCUAGGAGGCGAACCCAUGGUGGGAGGGGCUCAGACUCUGACCUCUCCCCCCCUCGUAGGCCUGACCAAUCACAGUCUCGGAGCAUGCUGUCAGGAGCCGCAGCAGGACUGGUAUCAGUGGAGGUUCUAAGAAGAGAACAGGAGGAGAACCGACGCAGAGACAAGAUCAACCAGCCGCUAGAAGAUGCGUCUCGAAAUGCGGAGACUGUGUUCAGAGAUAAGAGUGGGAAGCGGAGAGACAUCGAGACAGAGAGAGAGGAGCAGAGGAGGAAGGCCGGAGAGAAGGCAGAGAAAGACCUGAAAUAUGCUCAGUGGGGGAAAGGUGUGGCCCAGGGCCAGAUGCAGCUGCAGAAUGUUGAGGAUGCGUUGAGGGAAUCCCAGAAGCCUCUAGCACGUUCCUGUGAUGACCAGGACCUGGACAGGAUGUUGAGAGAGCAGGAGAGAGAGGGAGACCCCAUGUUGGCCAUGAUGAGACGCAAAAAGGACCGAGACAACAAACUACGAGGAGUCAAAGAGAAGCCUCGCUACAAAGGCCCGGCUCCGCCCCCAAACCGCUUCAACAUUCCACCAGGUUACCGUUGGGACGGAGUGGACAGGUCGAAUGGUUUUGAACAGAAGCGGUACACCAGGAUGGCUGAUAAGAAGGCUGUGCAGGAGAUGGCCUACAAGUGGAGCGUGGAAGAUAUGUAGAGGAGAGAUGGAGACCGAGGCGCUGGCUGUUAAGAGAACAUCUACACCAUGAGACUGCUUCAACAAACCCAGCAGGCUCUACAUUACACACUGUACUGUGUAAAGGAAGUCAACAAUGUGGUUUUUCCUGCUUUAUUAAAUACUGUUUUGUAA